AUGAGAAGAAGUCGACAAAAAAAUGAGCCGGAUCAAAAACCUGACCUUACACGGUGCUCAUUAAGCACACUGCCUACAGAAACUCUCUCGUUAAAUGAAAAGCAUGAUGUGCUCUACCGUCUACUCGAACUCCUACCUGAGAAGUAUAUGUCUACAAGUCCUCAUGAGCAACGACUUCCUGAAGCUCUUAUUGUUCGUGUCCUCCGUGAGGCUUAUCCUAUUAUUGCAAGUGAUCCAAUUGUCGUGUAUGUUGAAUCUCCCGUUUGCGUAUGUGGUGAUUUGCAUGGGCAGUACUAUGAUCUUUUGAAUAUUUUUAGCCGAAGACCGCCUUUAGGAGGAGGGGUUUUGGGGUUGAGUAAUCACGCUUUACCGGUUCAACGACAUAAAAGAAGUCGAAUUUAUAGCGAAGACUCUUCAGUUUCGCAUCAAGAUGAGUUCAAAGCAUCCGAUGCCCCAUACGAUAAAUAUCUUUUUUUGGGUGACUAUGUUGACCGUGGUAGUCGUUCAAUCGAAGUUGUGAUUACAUUGCUGGCACUGAAGAUUAUAGAGCCGUCGAAAAUAACUUUACUGCGUGGAAAUCACGAAGAUGAGCAAAUAAUGCUUCUGUACGGAUUUUUUGACGAAUGUAAAAGACGGUAUGGGGUAAAACUGUUUCGUAUAUUUACAGAUCUAUUUCGUGUUUUGCCGGUUGCUGCUGUCGUUAAUGGCACUAUUUUUUGUAUGCAUGGGGGCCUGUCUCCAGAGCUAAAGCGUGUGAACGAAGUGCCAGACAUGCGUCCAUGUAAUGUCCCACAUAGUGGGAUCAUUUGCGAUUUGCUGUGGGCAGACCCAGAGGCCGAACUUUCGCCAAACGUUGAUUGGGCACCAAGCACACGCCGAAUAUCUUUUGUGUUUUCCGCCAAAGCACUUGAGAAGUUUCUUAAAGAAAACGAUUUGGAUAUGGUUUGCCGGGCGCACCAAGUGGUGGAGGAAGGCUUCCAAUUUUUUCCUAGCAACACCAAGCGUCAUCUACUCACAAUAUUUUCAGCCACAAACUAUUGUAAUGAAUUUGGAAACCGUGGUGGGGUGUUGUGCGUAGACAAGGAAGGCGUAUGUAGCCUUUUGAUAUUGGAACCCCCAAAUUUCCAUCAGCAGCGGAUGAUUAUGAUGAAGCGUGAAGCAUUACCAAACAACCAACAGAAUCCAUGGGAUAUGGGUGGAUAA